AUGUCCAAGCUAGGAAACCGCGCCGACUGGGCCGACGACGAGGAGUUUGACGACCCCUCCGCCCUCCCCGCACAGCAGAUCACGACGAACAAAGAUGGCACCAAGACCGUAGUCUCGUACCGUUUCAACGACGAAGGCAAGAAAGUUAAGGUCACCCGCCGCAUCAAGACCACCGUUGUCCGCGAACAUGUCAACCCUCAGGUCGCCGAGCGCCGCAGCUGGGCCAAGUUCGGCCUCGAGAAGGGCCACGCCCCCGGCCCCUCCUUCGACACCACCUCCGUCGGUGAGAACAUCGCCUUCCGUCCCAGCAUCAACUGGAAGAUCCAGGCCGCCGAGGAGGAGAAGAACCCCGAGAAGGGCAGCAUGAAGGAUCAGCUCAAGGACAAGAAGGUCAAGUGUCGUAUUUGCAGCGGCGAGCACUUUACUGCCCGCUGUCCCUUCAAGGACACCAUGGCCCCCGUCGACGAGCCCGCCGGCGGUGCUGGCGGUAUGGAGGGCGGCGCCGAGGAUGCCCCCGCCGCGGGCGGACUGGGCGCUGCCUCGGGCAGCUACGUGCCUCCUCAUCUGCGCAAGGGUGCUGCGGGCGGCGGCGAGAGAAUGGCUGGCAAGUUCGAGAAGGACGAUCUGGCGACUUUGAGAGUUACGAACGUCAGCGAGUUGGCAGAGGAAGGCGAGUUGCGGGAUCUGUUCGAACGCUUCGGUCGUGUCACCAGAGUCUUUUUGGCCAGAGAUCGCGAGACCCAGAGGGCCAAGGGUUUCGCUUUCAUCAGCUUCGCGGACCGCAGCGAUGCUGCCCGUGCCUGCGAGAAGAUGGAUGGCUUCGGUUACCGCCACCUUAUUCUGCGCGUCGAAUUCGCCAAGCGGGCUACUUAG